AUGAGGAAAAUCUUGGAAGCUCGACAGACUUUGUUGCAAGUGCAAAUAAGAAAGGGGCCAAGAAGCCUGACCAAACAAAUUUAUGAGCAACUGCUACCUAGUUACCCUAAAGUACCCUGGAAAUGUGUGAUGUACAAGAAUGAUGCUAGACCUAAGGCCAAAUUCAUCAUGUGGUUACAGCUACAAGACAAACUUCUCACUACUCAUAGGUUAGCAAAAUGGGGCAUAGUUGUUGACUUAGAAUGUGUCAUGUGCCAUACUCAACCUGAAAGUGGGAAUCAUCUGUUCAUGGAAUGUGAUUUCACCAAAGUAGUGUGGAAUAGGAUUCUCCUAUGGCUUCAGAAGCAGGCAGGGCCAAUCACUGGAUGGGAUCAACAUGUAGCCUGGAUAAUCCAGAAUGCAAAAAGGAGGACUCAACAAGCUCACAUCUUCAGAAGUGUGUAUGCAGAAUAUGUCUAUGCCAUUUGGAUGGAGAGUAAUUAG